CUCUGUUCUGCCUGAGUGGUCAGAUUUGUUUGUUUGAACACACUGGUAACAUCGUGACAACCACCUUUGCAUCCUCGUCGCUCUUUUAAAGAGAUAGGCGCACAUCGCUUUGCCUCUCGGUUCUCCCUCUCUUGGAUUUUUAUUUUAUUUUUCCCUCCAAAACAGAGCUUCAGUCUGCUCCCCGUGUGCAGUGAUGUGAGGCUCAGCUGGACGUCAGGCUCCUUUUCUCUCAUUCAGGGGUUUAUGUAACAGUGGUUCUGGAAGAUGCAUGUCCGUGCGGUGCAGAGUUCUGAGGCGCAGCACUCGCACAGACUCUGAGGCGCGCGCACACGGAGCUUCUGCAGCCAUCUGCCUGCCUCGGCGAUGCUGAGCGCCACUUCCAACGAUGCAGUUCUGCAGGAAGGUGCUCUGCCAGCCGUGUAGCGCCAGGGUUACUUCACCAGAGGAGGAUAUGGAAUACAAGAUGGGGAGCUGCAUCGGAAUCUCACGCAAACAGAUUGAAGCUGAGCGUUUGAGCGGGGCGCCGCUGACCGGGGYCUCCACCAGCCAGCCCGGCUUGCUGUCCCGACCGCUGCUGCCGGACGUUCCGGUCAUCAGCGGCGUGGAGGAGAGCAGAGGUGCCGCUGCAGAGCCGGAGGACAAGGAGGAGCUGGAGUUUCCCCACGACCUGCUGCCCAGUUUGGACUUCAGCAGCGAGCUCRACAUCUGGGAGUCCUCGCUGGGUCCUUCAGAAAGGAGGAAAUGUGAGCAGGUGAACCCCCUGCUGGUGGGUCUAAAGCACCACAUGGAAGUCAGUCCACCACUGGUGGCUCCAGACAAAAGGCCUGAUGGCUGCCGCCCGGCAAUCACAGACGUCCAGCCUCCGCCUCCGCCUUCUGACGCACCCCGCCCCGGAUCCCCAUCAGCUUUCUUAGACAAGGAACUCCAAGAAGCCUUCCUAGAAUGUGAGGAGGAAAUGGCCUCACUGUUUAUGCUUACGACCCCCGAGAUGGUUUGUAAGAAAGGGAAGGAAACCAGCGAAGUGAUGGGUAAUAAGUCUAAUGAGUCAUUGCUGCUGCCUCCUACUGUAGACCAUCCAGGACAGAGCAGUGGAGCCCAUGGAAACAAGAACACACAUGGGGACAGUCAGACAGAUAUGGUUGUGUUCAGUUUUAGGGAUUACAUCCUGGGCACUGAGAAAAAGCACGAGACAGCAGGAAGAGAAAUUAGGCCGGAAAAAGAAACAGAGAGGGAAACACCAUCACGUGUUCAAUCAGAAAUAAGAGCUGUAAGUCAAGAAACUUCACAACACGUAGAGGAAAAUGACAGUUCAAAAACAAUAACAGACAAUACCAUCAACAAGGAAGAAAAUGAGAAAAGUAUGAGUGAUGUGAAUAUCAAUAUGGGUGAAACUACUGCAGAUAAUUUAGCUUUAGAAGCAUCAGAGUGUAGCAGCGCUAAAGAUGCAUUAUCAGAGCUGCAGACAGGAACAGGCAGGCACCAUGAAGACAAUCGGUCAGAGUCACUAUCAGACAAAUGGACGACUUCAGCGUGUGGCGAACAGCUUGGCCAGAACAAAGAGGCAAAGAAAAGGAAACACCGGAAAAAGAAAAAGACUGAGAGGAGCACCGAGGGCGAGCGGAAAGCGCCGUCGCAGUCGGGGAGCGGAGGCGCCGUAAACGUCGACCCUCACACAGAUUCCCCACGAAAUGCUGCAUCGGUGUCAGAGGAAGAAGCUCGGUUUGUGAUUGCUGAUAAAAGGGUUGAUUACAAGCAGCAGCUGAGUCCACAGGGAAUGCUCAUCUCUUGCUCACUGCUACAAUCCUCUCAUAGCGGCCCGGAUCAUCUUACUGCCUCAGCCUGUUCACCUGUUUCUAACCAGGAUCUUUCACAGAGGCCCAAUCAGUCAGAUAACAACAACCAUAUGGAUUCUCAAAGUGUUAUGAAUCACAACCACUAUGAAAGCUCACAUGUAAGCGGAGGACAAACACCGGAGUCUACGGUUACCACUAAAAUAAAAAUACCCACACAGGAAAAUCAAAGCACACUCCCAAACAGAAGCGCUUGUGUGGGAGAGAGUUGCACUGAGAGCGGCCUUGGAGAAGCUUUAAUAGUGGUUCAUGCGUUGCCACUGACAACACCCACACUGCCAGAAGUGAUAGAAAGCAAGGGAGAGGGAGAAAGCAUGAGGUGUGAUUUACAGGCGAGAGCAGAUACAGUAGYAUUCGCAGAGAACGAGAGGGGAGAUGGAGACAGAAAGCUGGGAGAAACAGAAAAGUCCCUCGACUCUGCAGACGAGGAGCGAGACGAACUCCUGGAUAGUCCUCAUCAGGUUUCAUUAAUCUGCUCACGGGGAGACUGCACACUUGUUUUCUCGGCCGACGAGGGACAAAUCGCAUCCGAGAAAAGCUGCGGCAGCAAAAUGCCACACAACUUGGCCGAGACCGAAACGAGGGGUCUGCGAGAGACGAGCGUCCGCGGAUCGGACGCAGAGACCUCACCGUCUGAGGAGGGGGAUGCAGGAAAGGAGCGGCUGCGAUCAGACGCCUGUAUCAACACUUCCCCCUUUGGGCUGCUCACUGGUCCCAAUUGUCGAGAUCAGAGUGCUGCAGGAUCGCAAAGAGGAGGAGGAGAGGAGGUGGGAGAAAAAGAAGGAAUAGCUGGAGAGCAAAUUUCAUUCAGCCAGCCAGAUGUCUCUGCCGGUGUGGUGUCAUCAGCCGAGACAGAGACGAGUGCGUUCAGGGAUGUUGCCGAGUCACAGAUGAAGUCACGGAGCUGGAGUGAGCUGAUCACCGAGGGCAUCGGCUUUGAACGGAACCAUCGCAUCCUCCCAUGCCAGGAACAGCAUGACACAACAGUUUUACCUCACCACACUAACACCAAGAGCUCCGGCAACACAGGAGGAGGGACGAAGUCUGAUCUCACACAGGGAUUAAUUUCAGAGGAAGCGUUGGAUUUGGGACAACAUCGUGAGAAGUCAUCCAUCCUGGAGAGAAACCACAACCAAGUCUUCCAGUCUGUAAGCCCGCCUCAGCAUUUAUUUAUUCCAAUGCAAAACAUGCAACAAGCAAACCACAAUCAACAGGUUCAGCCCGGCAGCACAACCGAAGCAAAAACGGAUGGAAGCACAGCUGAAUUUCAAACGCAGAGCAACACCGGUGGUCCCGAUGUGUCUGGAGUGGACGUCCUUCUAUGUCAGAGUAAAGGUGCCCACAGAGUUCACUUUGCAGAUGAUGUGAAACAACCGGACAGUUCUUCACAUCCUAAAAUGUUUGUUACAGCGUUGGACUGCGCCUCGUUACCUCCAAUAACCGUUCACGAGACUUUGCACCAUCCGGUCACCGAGGCCAGCUACACCUUCCUUAAUCUGCUCGGCCUGACCGAACCAGAACCCCCCACAAUCCCUGCUCCUACCAAGGAUGAAGAAGCAACAAAUAAUUCAAACAACUUYCCAGAGUCACAGAAGAAUGUUAUGUUGGAGAAAGAUGAGUUGACCAAUGAUAUGACAAAAGAGAUGGGUACGGAUCCCUUAAUUCAUGACAACCUUGAGAGAAACUCCGAAGGAUUUCAGGCAACAACCGGUGCAAACACAGAGGUCUGCUCAGAGUCUGAGCAGAACCAGAAGAACWAUGAAGUUUGGAUUGAGCCUGAUAAGUUGCUCACCAAGCCUGAAGACUCAGGUGAGACAGAACUGCUUCAAAAUCCGUCUUUAAAACAAGAUGUUUCUGUGAAUCUGGAAGAAAAAGAAGAGACCCAGCUGCUUUCAUGUACUGUUCCAGCUGAUGAUGAGUUACUUGAGGAGCAGAUUUCUGCUGACCUUCCCUGCAGCUCAAAAACUGAAGCUACUGACCCCAGCUUUAUAUUGAAAUCACCUCAGAGUGGACAGGCCAACAUGGACCCCGUGAAGGAUAACGAGGACUCAAACGAAGCAGAAGCCUCAGAACAGUUGAAACCAGCAGUCAGCCAACGUGUCAUGGUGCAGCCUCCCGGCCCGAUGUUGAGUCACCUGGAUGUUAAUAGUGACUGUGAUAUCUCUCUUCYGGAGUGCACAGAUAACCGCAGUGCUGAUGGAAGCUGUGCUGGUGUCUCCAGAGAGGUGGACAGCAAUAAGGGCAGUGAAGUGUUACGAAUGUCUUUAGCUCAGGAUUUGAAGCACGGUAACGGGGGUACGGCAGAGGAAAUUUCUCCAGAACUAAGAGAUCUAAACAACGUCAAACAGUCUGGUAAAGAGCAGAAUUCAGUUUCCAAUAUUGUAAAUAUUCCUGCUUCAGARGAACAUGCAGCUCAGUCUCUUAUUGCAGUUGAUGUGCAAUCAGAAGUUGAAGCCACUUGUGUAAUAUCUCACAACUCUACCGACUUUAAACCUGUGAAUAUCAGCUGCCCACUCWUCUCUGAGCUGCCUGAAAGUGAGACACGUGGUAACAUUAAAGAAGAGAAAGACGGAGUGAAAGAUGAGAUGUUUAUGCUUUCCAAGGAGAAAAAGAAACAAAAUGAAGAGGUAGUCACGGAUAAUCAGAAGGAAGCAGCAGACGGCAGCAAGCAGCCGACAGGAAAGACGGACUCAACUCUGCAACAGAGAACUGAACCAGAUAAAGAGGCUGGACGUGCCCCGCCGUCAACAGAUGUAACAAMAGAAGGAGAACGAAAGACGAGUUCUGCAUCAAAAUGUGAAACUUUCAGCAAAACUUCAGGGAAACCCAAGGAGACGCUACCAGCUGCUAAUGAAAGUCAGACGGUUUACGUUCAGAGUUUGCACGGAGCUGGAGAGGCGGCGCUGGAAUGCAGCUCUGACACUGCACUACAUUCGAGUCCAGCUCUUGGCCAAUCUCUCUCCUCGCAAGAUCUAAACAGUUUCGCUCAGCAACGAGAGCAACAGCAGCGRCGGYGUCUGGGAACCAGACAUUUCACAGAGGAGCUGUCUGGUAGCGGAGAAGGAGAGGAAGGAAAGACUUACAGUCUGGCCCGGCCACCGGUUCCAGACACAGAACCGGGGUCAAAGGAAGGAGGCGGCUCUUUUGAGCGUUUGUGUCAGUCAGAGAAAAAGAAUAUGUCAGAUGGUCACAGCAGUGGUAGUGAUAUUGUGACAGUUCAGGAGGAAAACAAGGAAGCACAAACUUCAGACAGAGGUGAGAGUGUUGAAGAAAGAGAUGCAGGUGUAGAAACUGCUUUCUCUCACAUAGGUGAGACAGUAAUGAGUACAAAUUUAAUGCUGAACAUGAAGUCUAGUUGUAAAGACCAGGUGCAAGAACCUGAAAUGUCAAAAAACAGAGACGUAUCUGUCGAGUUUGCUUCACAGCGACUUGAGACUUCCCAUAACUCUGUUUCAUCAAAGCUUAGCUCAGAUAGUCGUGGCAUUCAUGCAGAUGUUAUUCAGAGCGCAAAGCAAGAUGAAGAAAUMCAGGCGAAGACUUUUAGUAAUAUCCCAGAUCCUAGGGAGCGACCAGAAACCGGGGGAAAGAAUUUAAAUGUUGUAACAGCUAGUGGGAGUGUUGAAACUGUGGUGUGUGAAAUUAAGGAAAAACAGCAACAAAGCARCAGUAAAACUUUAGCCACACAGAGAAACCCAGCAGAGCAAASGGCCAUAAAAGGCUCUGAAGUUGAGGGAAAAACAAAAGUAGAUGAGGCGUUCGAGGAGGAAGUUAUUAGCGAGCGGAGGAAACAAAGUGAGAUGAAAUUUGCUGACGGUGGAGAAGAAACAGAAGAGCGGAGGGAUUCAAAGUUAAACGCUAAAGAUGAUGAAUUAGAAUCGGCCUCAGRUCAAAGUGGGAAGUCGCUCAGCAGCAUUGAGACUGUGGUUUGUCCCUCAAAGGGACUCAUUUCAGCAGAAAAUAAUGACAAAUCUAAUAAAGUGGCUGCUGAUGUCGCCACAGUCCCAUCUGAUGUUUCGUCAAAUCACGCCAGAGAUUUCCCAUCAGCCACUGUUGUAGCUCCUAGCAAAUCAGAGGCUCCCCACGAUCAGAAAUGUGAUGGCUUUACGGUAAAUCCCCCUCAGUGUGACAGAGAAUCACUUCAAAAGACUCAAACCUGCAGUCCCGAGCUGCAGGUGAAAGCAGAAGCUGCUCAUGUGUCUGCAAGUCCUGCUUCUGGGCAAGCAGCCCAAGAACCAGACACAAACUGGAUAAAAACCCUGAAAGAAGCUGCAUUGGUGGAUACCUCGAGACCACUCCCGUCGCUGGAUUCACCUCAGCUCGAGUUUCUAACUCCCACUGAGGAGGUAGCUCUUCUUCCGAGGCAAGAACAAGUGACUCUACCUGCAGAGCAACCAGAAGAAAACACAACACGCAGUUCAUCUCCACUUUCUGUGACGAGACCAGUAGAUCUUCCAGAACCAUUAGAGAAAACAGUAGAUCUUCCACAUCUGUCACAAGGUACAGCAGAGCUUUAUGAACCAACACAGAGCUCAAAGGCUGAGAUCUCCAAAGAAAAGGCAAAAGUAGUCAAAUCGUCGGAGCCAACCGAGACGGCAGGAUAUCUAAACGACUUUCCAGGAUCUGACGGGAAACCUGAUGAAGUAAAAGACGAGCAAUCCGAAGUUUUGCAUUUUGUCAAACGGCUGGAUGAAAUCCAAGAACCGACAGAAACUGUGACAGAAUCACAAGAACCAACCAGUACUGAAGCUCUGCAAGACGAAAACACGACAACAGAGAUUUUUCAAGAGACGCUACCAAAGGAUUCUGAAGUUAAAGCAGCUGAAGUCUCACCUGUGGAGACGUUCGAAGUCCAAACUGAGAGGCCUGAAGUGACAGAAUCCAUCUUCCAUUCCUCUGCAGAGAUACAGCACAGCGGAUUCGAGGGAAACCUCGCCCCUGCUUCUCCCGCACCUCCUUGUGAUGAAGCGUUCCCGUCUUCUGAUCCUCCUCACCUGCGAGACACCAGAGUCCUCCCCAUCCUAAACCCCCUGGAGAGUCGCACCCUCGAAGCUCUACCAACCCCACCUGCAUCCCCACCCUUCCCUCCUCCUCCUGCUCCUUCUGAGCUUUGUGAGAACUUCUUCCCACCCUGCCACGUCCCUUUAAG